UCCGCAGAAGGGUUAAAUAGGUCUCGGCCAUCGGUGUCCUAGCUCUGGACAGAAACUGACAAGAAGGCAGUGGGUUGUGGGUUUCAUCUUCAGCCUUGCCCGCGAAUUCCUCAAAGCCAGUGCUGGCAGUGCGCUGCCCGAGAGCCCACGGCUGACUCUCGGCAGUCUUGGGGCGCAUGGAGAGGCUUUAAUAGGGCUGGUGGCGCAGGCCUGGAGCCGCUGCAACAUGAACCUCGUGGGCAGCUACGCACACCAUCACCACCACCACCACCACCCGCAUCCCGCACACCCCAUGCUCCACGAGCCCUUUCUCUUCGGCCCGGCUUCGCGCUGUCACCAGGAGAGGCCCUACUUCCAGAGCUGGCUUCUGAGCCCAGCUGACGCUGCACCGGACUUCCCUGCCGGCGGGCCACCGCCCACAGCCGCUGCGGCAGCCGCCGCCGCCUAUGCUCCGGACGCCAGGCCUGGCCAGAGCCCCGGGCGGCUGGAGGCUCUCGGCGGCCGCCUGGGCAGGCGGAAAGGUUCAGGACCCAAGAAAGAGCGAAGACGCACAGAGAGCAUUAACAGCGCGUUCGCCGAGCUGCGCGAGUGCAUCCCCAACGUGCCAGCCGACACCAAACUCUCCAAGAUCAAAACUCUGCGUCUGGCCACUAGCUACAUCGCCUACCUGAUGGAUGUGCUGGCCAAGGAUGCACAGGCUGGCGACCCCGAGGCCUUCAAGGCUGAACUCAAGAAGGCGGAUGGCGGCCGUGAGAGCAAGCGGAAAAGGGAGCUGCAGCAGCAUGAAGGCUUUCCUCCUAACCUGGGCCCAGGCGAGAAGAGGAUUAAGGGACGCACCGGCUGGCCGCAGCAAGUCUGGGCGCUGGAAUUAAACCAGUGAGCCGAGGCCCGCGCCGAGGACCUGGCUAUGGCUGGCCAACCCCAGAACCGAGAGGAGAGGAAGCGGCCAAAGAGAGCCAGGCUCUGGGUUUCUGCGGCGUGCGCGAGCCUUUCGCCUAGCCUUUGCUGAGCGUUGGCAGGUCGUCGGCUGCAACCACACUCGGAUCGCACGUGCAAUGUCAUUUGAAAUAGUUUUUAAUACAU